AUGAAUGCUGACGAUAUUCAGUGGAUCCGGGCGCCUUUUUCGUCCUUGAGGGAAGAGAGUGUCCUCUUGGAGCGCUACGCGUCGCUGCAGGUGUCUUCUUCCCCGGCCUCUGUUGCAUUGACCUUGUCCAACAACAUUUCGACCACGUCCACCAGCACGUGUGUGAAUGGAGUUACCAUGUCACUGGAGGAACUAAACCAAGACGCAGACGUCGCUCGUCUGCAACUCUUUGCCAGGCACCCUCAUACCACCACCGGUACCUCGGACGACGCCGCCAAAGACCCAUCGACCACCAAACCAGCCAAGAAACGACCAAAGGCUACCACCACAUCAGGUGUGAACGUGAUGUCCCUUGUCUUGAAGGAACCAUCCCUCCAAGGACAAUCGCCUGAAGCUGCCAUCAGUACGCAGCGACAGGCCAAGAAAGGGGCGUUGAUCGAACGCAUGUUUCAAGCCAUCGAUACAUGCACCCCCGCACUUGGUCACCGCCCGCUGUCAUCAUGUCCAUCGUCCAGUUUAUCGCUUCACGAAGCAUCCCACACAACAACGUUCGCGCCACCUCGGGUGCUAGCGCCGUCAUCACCGUCUGAGCGCCAUUCGUUUGCCCAAAAGUUGUUCUCGGUGGCGUCGUGUCGCAUGCAGCUGACGCUGCUCAAAGCCAUGCCGGUUGACGUCCGACGCGCGUGUGUUGUGGACUUGGUCGCGUCGAUCCUAGACUUUCCCGCCCUGGCGCUGUCGGGCACUUCCACGCAAACCGCCGAAGACGCGACGUUGCAGGCCAUGUACUCGUUUGCCCAGGACAUCAUGACCACGGACGGCCCCGACGCCAUGGCUGACGGCAUGCUCCUCGUGCUGGCGCUCGGCGUGGCGACAGGCCAAGCGCACUUUUUACUGCACGUCGCGUCGAGAUUGCUAAGUACCGACAACGGGUUGAACCUGUGGGCAGAGUCCACGUGCACAGUGCAGUACGAUCGCCUUUUUCACCGCUUUCAAAUGUCUGAGCCGGAAACCUCCCUCGGCGUAUUGGCCGCGUCGUCGCUUGUCCAUCAACUUCGGAUCCAACCGGCCACCACCACCGACGACAGCACGUCCAACGUGUCGAUUACCACCGACGGCGCCUACCUCUACACGUGGAGCACCGCCACCGGAUUGAAGAAAAUCGGCAUGGGCACCGGCGGGUCCGUCCUUGGCCGCGUCUACGCCAACGUGCCUGCGGCGUCGUAUCUACCCUACUUUGGACCCACUCGCCCGGUCGUCCGCGCGGUCUGCGGGGCCGUCGAGGUGGUCAGCCUCUCACCCACGCUCCUCGAAACAGCUCCGACUGUGCACGAUGCGUUUGGGGACGGACAGCUCCUGGUUGUGUUCAAGGCCAUCGGCAACACCAACGUCAUUCAAGAUGUACUCUUCGACGCCCUGGAACGGAUUUCGCUGCCCGCGACCGCCGUCGUCGUCCUCGCCGCGUUCGGAACCCUCGUGGACGUCACGCCUGCCAUUCAACACCUCUCUGGACACAACCAUCGCGGCGUGUUUUCCGACUCCAUGUCGCCCCUUGCCAACGCGCAACUGCUGGUCGUCCACUCGCCACUGCCAGGUGAACACAACAUUCGAUCCCACUUGGUGCAAAAAGGUGACGUUGUUUUCAAGCCGAUGCCCCCCGUCAAGUCGACGAGCGUCGUGUGCGUCGGAAAGUGGCUGUACUUGAACGUGACCUGUUCAGAAACUACCCCAGCAACGUUGGAGUUUGUUCGGAUAGGAACGACCGACUUGCGGGUCCAAAGCGUGGUCGACGUUCUAGAGCAACGCAGCAACGGCGUCCGGCUCCAAUGGAUCACCGAGGGCGAUUUUCUGUACGACGUUCGAUUCCGAGUCGAAAGCAACAUCAUGGACGUGCAUGUGUACGACCUUCCAGUGUUAUCCUCGGCCAAACCAACGUUGUCGUGGGUACGGUCGGUGGCGAUUCCGCUCACGUCGUCACAGUUGACAGGGUCGCUCAAAACCAUCGGCGACGAGGCCCGUCCAUGUUAUACCAAUGGCCGGAGUUUGGCUGUUGUGACACGUGUCGAUGGCGCCCCUUCAGCAUCGCCACUUUGCUUUCAGUUGGACCUGCAGCGCGACGGGGAAAGAACAGCAACCGCCGCCGAGGCUCUGACUAGUCUUGCGACUGCUGCCGUUUGCUUUGAUGCGGCCACGAAUAUGCUGUGGAGUGUGACAAGUGCACGAGAUACGGUCGAGGGCUAUCGUACUACGAAUGCGUCGCCUCUUGUUUACAUCCGCGACAAGGUCGAUCACAAGGGGGCAGUGGUGUCGCCCGUCGAGGCGUGGAAUCUGAUUCACCAAGCAAACCCGCCGUCGAGUGGUAGCCAUCGAUGGCUCGUGGGGAUUUUCGCCAAACUCCACGAGUGGGCGGGUUGUGACCUCAAACAAGACAGUGUUGUCCGGGAUGAACUGUCUCUGGCAGUGGACAUCUGCGACGAAACAUUUCACGUGCUUUUGCACUGCAUCACCACAUACGCCGAUCGGUUUUGCCGCGGACAUGUGUUGCAUGGAUGGGAAGAGUACGUGCUCAUGUCGUCGUUAGUGGUGCUGACUGCAAAUGUCCGCCGAGUUUCGGUCAACGAGCAUGCACACCUCGUACACGUUGUUGUGACCAGCCGGCUGGCGCCGACGUUGUCGAGCCUGGUGCGGUACCCGGACUUGGACCAUCCGAUCGUUCAAGCGGCGCUGCACUUGUACAAGGCGUCGCUCGACAUUUUUUACCAGGGCCCAGUCGACCAACUGGCCCUCGUCGCGACCUAUUUGGAGCACCGAUCGGCUCAUACACUGCACGCCAGCGAAUUGCCCAUAUUAAAGCUUGUGCUACAGCGCCUCACCAGUGUCGAAACCCUUCACGAGCUCGUGGCCCAUCCCACGGCGUUCGAGUACUUGGACGUGCUGCUGUCGCACUCGGUCAAGUGGCACCUCGUGAACGACGCCGCCGACGACGACGACGUAGCGAGGGAACUCGUCGCCGUGGUAUACGCGAUGACACAAGCGUUGCUGUGGGGGUAUCACCGGCAGCGUAUUCCAGAGCUCGGAGCGUGGGCCCGCUUUGAAGCCAUCGUGCAAGCAGCUAUCCAGCUUGUCCAAGCUACACCAGCCAAUCGCAUCGACCGGCUAGAGCAUACUCUUGUGGGUCAAGUGUGUCCGCUGCUGUUUACUGCGAUGCAGCAUUUUCCGUGGACGCCCGCAAAGACCACGUACGAACGCAUGUGUGACCUGCUGGGGCAAUUGGUCGAGCUCGUGGGACCGUUGAACAAACAGACAAGCAAGUGCCACGACGACCAGAAUGAAACGGUGGUGGACACGACGACUACGGUCGUCCAGACCGUAGAGUCGGCCCACGACUACGCCAACAACAUGCACCUACUCACGGAACUGACGAUCCCGGGCGCAUCGACAUUAACCAUUACGUUUGACAGGCGAAGCCGCACUGAAGCCGCGUACGACUAUGUCACGUUUUACAAGGACGAGUCGCAAACCGACUUUUACGGCGACGAAAAAUACUCUGGACGGGGGGACGACGACGACCACAACUGGCCGGGGGUGGGCUCCCGGCCGCCGCUCGUGAUCGAAGCCGAGUCGUGUCAUGUGCUGUUCCACACGGACGGCUCUGGCGUCGACUGGGGGUACAAGUUCACGGCGGUGGGGCUCGUGGUGUCGCAUGUCACGUGCCUAUCGUUGCCGUGGCUCGCGCAUGUCGAGGAGACGUUGAUGGUUCUGCUGACGUCGAUGGCGACGACGUUGGUCCGCGGCAAAGCGUUCACGCCGCUUUCAACGGCGGAAACCAACCAGAGAGUGCUCUUGAACAGUCGACUGCUGCAAGGCGGCAAGCAGCAAACGGCGGAUCACGUCGUGGGGUUCCUCAAAGACCUGGUGGACCACCCUCUCGACGACGAGUCGACUACCGCUGCCGCGACCGUUGUCAAGACAUUGAAGAAACAAACGGUGCAAGAUCAAGGCUCGAUCGCCCACGUGAACCGCGCGGUGCGGGCGGUGGCGGCGGCCAUUCUGCACCACAACUUGUGGGGCAUGGACGUAUAUGAGAUGAGCCAAGCCUCCGGACCCGCGGGGGCGACGAUAGUACCCCAUGUGUUGCAGGCGUGGAAAACGGCGCAAAAGAUGCGCCAGUGGUUUGACAUUGGGGACGCCGCGGACGCGACCGUGCACCGCGUGUCGGCGGCGGGACGCCCCACGGGGCUCAAGCGGCAGCCGUCUGCGUACAAGGGGCAGUCGGAGGAAGCAAUGGUACAGUUGUGUCAGGUGGUCGUAGAGCGCGCGCUGUUUUUGCUCGAGUUUACGCCGGCGUCGUUUUCGUUUGUACGCGCCGCUAAACUGCGAUGGAACUUGCUUGCAAAGUACUCGACCGCCAUCCACCGGAAAAACUCGUGGAUGCAUUUGGUCACAGAAUUGAAUGCUGCCACGGAACUCAAGUCCAUGCUCGACUACCGCCGCACGUCCAUGGAGCGGCUGCACAUGCCCAAGACGGUCACGGAGUUGGUGCUCGAGUUUGUCCAGUCGGACGUGGACGUCGGCGAGAUGCAAGCCAUGCUCGAGACCCGCAAUGACCGCGCGGGUAGCCGUGUCGUGGGCAUGGCGACGAUCGCCCGCGCACUCAGCGCGUCGUCCAGCGGUCGGCUCCAACAUGUCCUUCUGGAAGGAUUGGCUUGUACGAUGCGCGCGAUCGGGCUCGAGGAUUGCUGCGCCACGAGUUUGCAUUUUUUCAACUCGCUUAACGGGUGCGCCGAAGAGAAACGCAAAGCCCUGAGCGAAGCCGUCGCGCACUGUUUGAAGGCGAGUGCUGACAUCCUGGCCACGAGGUCAUCGUCCAAAUGUCUGGCAGCUGAAGGCGACUCGGGCGCGCUCGUGUCGAGUGCAUUGAAGGCCAUGGCCAUGGACUACGACGUCCGCGACUCGUACUUGUUGUACGACAGCAAAGUACUGCCGCACAUUCUGCGCCUCUUGCCGUCGGACAACGUCCGCGUCCGCCGCGUGGCGCAGGCGAUCAUUCGCGUGUUGAUGUCUCACUUUGUGGCGAUCCCAGACCAAUCGUUUUAUUCCACCGACAUGGGACUGCCGACGUUGUCUGCGUUUCAGAAACAGUUGCUCGCUGCCGUGCGCCUCCAGCUGGAAGGAAUCGUGGGGACCGUCCAGCACCAAGUCGACAGUCCAUACACCGCGCUGUGCUUGACGCGCAACCACGCGGGGUACUGCACGCCGUUUGUGGCCGUGCUUCCGAACCACUCGAUAUCAUUCUGGCUGUUUGUGGAGGAACAAGCGUGUCAGUAUGCGCUAAAGGUGGGCGACGAGGUGCGCCGAGGACCUCAUUGGAUCAGUUCACAAGACGAAGAUGGCGGUGACGCUGGCGUCGGCACCAUUGUAUCCAUCCAAACCCCCACCACCGUGCAGGUGAAAUGGCAGACGACGAGCACGACGUCCGUGUACACGUGGGACCCGAGUGUGCCGUUGUACGAAGUGCAAUUGGUAGACGAAGGUGUGGGUGGGAUGGUGUUUCUGCACGGGAACCGCAACUUGGUGUCGGACACGGAAGAGAUGGCGGCAUGGAGCCACUACGGGAUGUUCCUCACGGACGAGGGGCAAAUCAAGUACAUCGUGAGUUCUGGAGCACCGGACAAGGACUCGAUCUUCGAAAGCACCGAUUCUGUCCACUGGAAUGCAUGGAACCACGUGUGUCUGGUCAAGGAGGACGCGCACUUGAGACUAUAUCUCAACGGCGCGUUGGAUUCGCAGCACGUUUUGGACGACCACGUCUCAUCAACCGCCGCGCACGAGGUGCUGAUUCAAUCGGUCCAUCCGUGCUUUGGCCAUGGGGAUGGCAACAGGUGGCCCGUCUCUUUUCCCGGCGCGAGUCGACUGGUCGUGACGUUUGAUCCACUCACCCAACUGGACAAGUCGAACGGUGACUUUAUUUGCUUCUUUGCGUCUGCAGACGAAGCCGAAGUGUGGGGGCAGCCCAUGUACUCGCACUCGUUUCCGGGUGUCGACCAGGAAUGUUCGCUCGUGAUUCCAUCCGACUCGACCGUCGUGUACUUUCACUCGUCGUCUCAAACAGUCAAAUGGGGCUUCCGUCUCCUGGUGGCGGCCGAAUACGACGAUGACCGGCAAUUCCACGAUGUACUCAACACGUUUCCAUUUUACUUUGGAGAGCCGCCGUCUCGGGUGCUGGACGCGCCGUCGGCUCGCUGUUGGGUAUCGCAUUUUAGUGUUCUGAACGCGCCGCUGCAGGCCCAUGACGUGGCACUCCGCAUGCGCCUCGACAGCCAAGAGUGCACGCCGUACGCGUUCCCUGUGGACCGGACGUUACAGACGCUCGGGUUGAUUCAAACGUGCGCGGAAACCCAGUUUGGGCGAAGUUUUAUCACGAAUUCCGUGCUCAUUCGCCAUCUCAUGGUCGUGGCGUUCAUGGGGGCGGCGGAAACCCAAUGCGGUGCGCUGUACGUGCUCGUGGAGCUGGCGCCGACGCUGUCGACUGCGUUGGUGGACGAUGCGUUUGGCCGGGCGUUCCCAACGUCGUCGUCGGGUUCGUUCUUGGACUCGGUGUGGGAAAACCUCGGCGCGAUCUUGAACGUGUGGCCGUCGACGGACGCCCUCCAUCCGUCCAUACAGUGUCAUGUGACGGUGGAAACGCAGCCAGCAGCGUUGAGCGCUAUGAGUUUGGUGCAGGCAUACCUGUCGCUUGUUCGAGCGCUGGCGAGGUCGUCCCGUGACUGGCUGGACCGCGUCCACGCGCUGUUGCUGUCGUCUAUGGAGCACACCGACUCGCCCCACGAGUUGAGCUUGGUCCUGGCCAGUGUCGCCGUCUUGGGGGGAACGUACGACGGCGUGGGCAUUGGCAGUCGCGUGCGUUGCUGCGUCAACAUUGACGGCAAGGAAAGCGUCGAAGUGGGUUCGGUGAUCCAGUUCCGACUCAAGGGCGAGGCGCGGAUGGCGUGUGUCUUGUUUGACUGCGACAACAGUCGGCCCGUGGACGUUCCAAUCAGCGACGUCACAGUCGACGACGACAACGACGAAGAAGCCGACGGCAUGUCGGCGGUAAACACGCAGCAUUUGUGGGACAACGACGACACGACCAAGGCGCUGCUGGGUCGGCUCGAACGAUUACUGCAGAAAUGGCAACGUAUCGACGCCGCGUCUGAUAAGUCUGUCGACCCCCGGCGGUACAAACCCCGCACAAAGUCACACGACAAGGUCCAAGUGCUCGAGAGCGACCAUCCGUACGCCAACGACACGCACAAAACGGUCACAUUGGACUUUCCAGGGGCGGAUGCGAUCUUAAUUGUGUUUGACCCGAUGACGUCGACUGAACCGGACUGCGACUUUGUCCGGUUUGUCAAACGGGAGGUCGGCGACGAGAGGAGUGGAGCCACGUACGGCGACGACAAGUACAGCGGCGUACACUUCCCAGGCGUGGGGGCCGUCCCGCCCCUUCGCAUCCCUGCGUCCAGUGUCGACGUCGUGUUUCACACAGACAGCACUACGACGGACUGGGGCUACCGCUUGCACGCCACGGCCACAACAGAGUCUCUAGUGCUGCCGCCCGAAACCCCGCCGUCGCCUUCCAAGGGGGCGUGGGGGGAUCUCCGGGCGCGCAUAUUCAAGGUUCUAUCCCGGCAUGCGCACGUGCUGGCGCCGUCGUGGACUCGGACGCUGAUGGGUGAGAUGGCGCGCACCGCGGUCAUGCCGUACACGGGGCGGCCGCUCACGUCCAUGCCCAAGUCACAAGUGUUCGAGUCGAAACAUCCGUACGCGAACUCGAUCUCCGAGUACAUGGCCGUGACGUUCAAGGGUGCGAAUCUGCUGAGCAUUUCGUUUGACCCGCUGUCCCGCACCGAGCACGGGUGUGACUACGUCGUGUUCUUCAAGGACAAGAGCUUGGGCGACCGGUGGGGCGAUCAUCAGUACACUGGUCGGGCGGGGUCGGAGAACUGGCCUGGCGUGGGCGGCCGGCCACCGUUGCUGAUCCCCGCGGAGGGGUUUACACUGUUGUGGUGCACGGACAGCUCCAACGUGGACUGGGGAUGGAAGUUUAUUGUGAAAGCUACGUUUCCCAGCUUGUCGCCGCUCGAGCUGACGUCGGAGCAGUUGAACCAACGCGCGUACCACGUGACGGAGAUGCUGUACGAACAAACGCAGUACCAAGCGAUGCCCCGAUCGACGGAUUUCGAUGGGUUUGAGGAAGACAAAGGGGCGGAGGCGAAGUCGCCGUUUCUACUACUUCCCCCAUCGCCCCCGCCUGCCUUCCCCUCCAAGUCGUCUAAGUGGCACCGCAUCCAAUCGUUUGACAACGUGGGGCUGUACGAAAGACCACACGACAAAGCUGCGGUCGUGGAUGUGCUGACACACAACAUACAUGUCAAGAUUCUGAACGACAGCGUCAUGGAUUGGGUUCACGUGGAAACCAAAGGGGGCGAUGUGGGGUGGAUUCGGAAGCGCAAAGGAGACGUGUGGGUCAUCCAACCCCUGGACCCAACCGACCUCGCGGUGCUGAUUGACGAAGACACGGUUCUCGUCGGAAUCGACGACGAAACUUUUGACCACCAGCCUCCAGUUGUGGACGACACGAACGAAGAGCAAGAUGAAUUGGCCAACUUUGCGUCGCACUUCACACUGGAAGAGCUCAAAGGGCACGCGCACCGGCUACAUUCGAUGGCCGUCGAGACGUACUACGCGACAGCCAUCCACAGCGCCCGACGUAGUCUCAUGACGGUGUUCUCUACGCUCACGCCGUGUCCGUUGACGUCUCUGUCCACGUCCCCAACACUUCUCUUGGAGCUGCUCGUAAUGUUCCUCACGCAGCGGUCGCUCAUGUUUCCACACUUGGUCAAGGCCAAGCUGCAACUGCAGUUAUUUCAGUGGCUGGACUCAAGCCCUGCCUUGCUGUCCGCCGUUGUGUCGUACAGUACGUCGAUUCUCAACCACACGAUCCAGACAUUGCAGUCGCAUCGGCGCGCCAUGGUUCGUACCCUUGAAAGUCCGCAUCCGUACACUGACAACGCCGACACCUACUGGCGCGUGGACAUGCCAGGGGCAAAGUGCAUCAAAAUCGUGUUUGAUUCGCGCAGCAAGACUGAGGCAGGGUGCGACUGGCUGUGUUUUUACGCAGCUACGGACCGCCACGUCACGUACGGCGAGGCGCAGUACAGCGGUCGCGGGGGCAGCGAGAACUGGCCUGGGUUUGGCAACCGACCGCCGUUGAUCAUUGACAGCGACCGGUUCGAAGUGUACUUUCACUCGGAUGGUAGCGGUACCGACUGGGGGUGGGCGUUCACUGCGUACGGUAUCGUGUCCUCGGACAACCCAUCGUGUCCUCCCAACUCCUCAGUUGUUGACAUGGAGAAACCCAUGGUUGCGUGUUGGCUACUCCACGCUCUCACGGCCACGCCCUUGAAAUCGUCCAAUGUCGAGGAAGCUGUGUUGAACAAUGCGCUCGUUUUGCAAACGUGGAUCGAUUGCUUGACGGGAAUGCCACGACAGGUUAAAUUGCAAGUUCUGGCCAUGAUCACGAACGUUGCAUUGGAUCAUUCGGUGUGGGCACGCAUGACACCUUGCCAUGUAAACUUGUGGUCCAACAUUCGGACCCUUGUCAAGCAGCGCAUGCGGUCACAACACAAAUGCGAAGAGCGCCAAGAACUCAAGUCGAUGUACCUGCAAGCCCUCAUCCAAUGCGCCAUGGCGCUAGACGUGGCGGUGGAAUCGUGUGGGUACCCCUCUACAUCGACUUCGUUUGCCCGAGAGGUGGUUCAGAAACCGGCUGGGGACACCACGGCGGCGUACACAGUGGACACCACGUCCUUGUCAGUGUCAUUUGCCAACACAACACUUGUUCAUGCAUGGACGUUCGAGGCAAAAUCAAUUGUGGGGACCGUGCUUGUUGGCAUUCGAAGAAAUGAUGGAUGGAACAUCCAGUGGACGACCUCCGUAGCUAAAGAUGCGCCUCCUCCACCCGACAUGUACGUAGACACAAACCACGUCCUUGUCUUCAAUCCACGCGAUGUGAUCCGCGUCGAAAUCGACUUGGAGCGCCUCGUCCUUCUCCGCAACAACGCAAAGGUGCUUGACGAACGCAUCCCUCCACCAUCGACCAAUUCCACCGCUGUCCUGCAUCCCGUCGUGACCGUCUUCAACCCGUCAGAUAUCGUGAUCGUGUCUGCCGCCCCCUCGCUUCGGAUUCCAGUCGAGUUCCCCGACCCGGCUUGGUAUGUCAAGGCCCUGGAUAGCAUGAGUGCGCUCUGGACAGAAUGUGCUUCCUUUGACAGCCGGACUCGACAUCGUCGACGUCCGCUCGUCGCGACCAGAGAAAGCAGCCACCCCCUCGCCGACGACUCGUGGGUCGACACGAUUCAGAUUCCAGAUGCCGUCAAGUUGGAGAUUCGCUUCGAUCGACAGACGCAACUCGAUGCCAAGGACACGAUCGUGCUCAGUUCAUCCUCAACGGAGCAUCACCAAUCCCACGUCUUGACGGGUUUGAAUGGGAAAGCCAGUCCGAACCACGCCGCAUUUGGUCCCCCAGACGUCACGAAAACGUCGCUUCGAGCAGGUGACGUGGUCGUUAGACACGACCGGGAUUGGGUGUAUGGCAAUGAAGAUGGUGGUCCAGGAGAUCGAGGCACUGUGACUGAAAUCGUGGGGUGGAAACAUCGGUCUGGCGCCGGCGUCAAGGUGAAAUGGACUUGCACCGGGCAUGAAAACGUAUAUCGGUACGGGUACAAUGGUUACUUCGACGUGGUGCUACUGUCGACCGCUGUCGCACCGCCGCCGUCGGUCUUGUGGAUCGAGGGGGACACGGUGCAAGUAUCAGUGACUCCUUUCCGACUGGCGCACGGCAAAGACGCGUCGGGGUUCAGAGGUAGCGUCGACUUUAACCGCCACAUGUGCUUGGUACUUCCCAGAACGCCGGCACACCUGACAUUGGGCGACGACUUUUCGAUUCAGUUUUGGAUCCGCCUUGCCGACUUCAAGGACGACAAGCGCCCGCAAACCAUCUUCUUUGCCGGGCAUCCUGCGUCAUCCCCCGUCCUCGCGUGCCUCCACCUGUCCGUGGCGUCGGACUUUAAGCUGCGUCUGGCGUUUAAAACAGACGACUUUGUCGACAGUUUGGUGACAGAGCCCCUUGUGCCUGUGUCGCACACGUGGACGCACAUCACAAUCACGAGUAGCGGCUCUGACGUUGUCCUGUACAAGUUUGGCGAGAAGUGGGCGUCGCAUACGUUUUACGGCCGAUCCAGCUACACAACUCCGUUUCACACCAUGCUGUGGGGGCACCAUAUACCUCCAAAUGACACCGCCGGUCGCCCUGGUUUCAGACCGUUCGGCGGGCUGGCCGGCCAAUUGUAUGACAUCCAGCUGUGGGACGCGCCGCUGUCGUCGACGGAUAUACGCCGGACGUUGUUCGCCAAGCAAACUUCGGGCGGCAACGACCUGUACCCGCCACCGCCCCCUUCGUCGCUUAACCCGUGGGCCACGAUUAACAAGUCCGGGAAGGAUUUCACGAGUGUCCGGUCGGACGUUUGCAUUCGACGAGGACAGGCCUACUUCGAAGCGACGUUGUUGAGUGGGGGGACCGUUUUGGUCGGAUGGGUGGAAGCCGGCAGUUGGUUGCGCCGCAAGACGGCGGGCAUCGGAGAUUGCGCGUCAUCGUACGCCAUUGAUGUCAACCGGCAGUACAUGUGGCAUAACGGCCCGAUUCCGUUCGCAGUGCCCACGGGUGUCCGUGGCAACGCAGGGGACGUCCUCGGCUGCUGGUUGGAUGUCGAUCGAGGGGUCAUGUCGUUCACACUUAAUGGCGUCACCAUUGGCGACUCAUUCACGGCUCCUAAGGCUGUCACCACGACUUCUCCGACGAGGACUACCUCCGCUUCACGACAAAGUGCCGUGCUGAAGAUUGCUCCCCUCUUGUCCCCUCGGAAUGGCCGCUCAGCCGCCUUGAACUCCACGCCUCGAAGCUUGAGUAGCUACGAAGUUAAAGUGGCGGAGCUCAUGGGCAUGGGAUGCACGAGGCAAAGUGCCAUUGAAGCCCUCGAACGAAACGACGAGAGCGUCCCUCGGGCUCUUGAGUGGUUGCUGCACCAUGAUCACCCAGAAGGCAAACCCUCCACCGACAGAGUGUCUGGCCCGGCCGUCGCGCUGGUCGACGACGCCACGCCAGUGCCAAACCAAUGGCAGCACGGCCACGGGUUCCACGCAGCGGUGUCGUUGAGUCCGAUGGGAGGUCAAGGUGUGGUAUGGAACCUGGGCCAAUCACCAUUCGUCCAUCCCCCCCAAGGACUGACGUCGCCAUCAGUGUGGUCGCACCGAGUUGUUUCUACCACCACAGCCACCGAUCAGCCUCAGCAUGCCUUUCAAGUGUUUGACUGGGCUGAAGACGGAUGGGAAACCAUCAAAGUUCGCCACAAUAUACUCGACAUGACGCCUCAGUUGUUGCACCAGUAUGUUCUCGAUGAAGGCGACGGGUUGCAAGUGCGCGAUGCCAAGGGAGGUCCACCGGGGGAGUUGGUGUCGACGGAAACGUCGUCCUCAUCGUCGUCACCACUUAAACCGUGGAAGGGAUGGAUCUACUCCCCGAUUCACAACCAAGGAACCGUCCCGUGGGGCUUCAAGUUUACUGUAUUUGGCCAUUUUCAUCGCAACAGUCUCCCGAAAACGCGAUUCGUGCUGCGCGGCGGGUACAACCCCCUCGAGUCGCACCGCAAAGCCGCGCUGCAAUUGGUGCAAUACGUCAAUAAAAAGGCUCGGCCAAUGGACGUCGCCCACGUCGUUCGCGCCCCUUGGGCUGAGUUUGCCCUUCGCGACGAAGACUGGGUGCGGUGGCCGUUGUUGUGUGAACUUGCGUCCGGCGCGUCGAUUCCGUCUCCCGACUCCCCACCUGCGAAUGGUUUGGAAUUGAACCAAGCCAAGUUGGCGCAAUGUUUCAAGUGGCUCCAAGAGUUCAAUCUUGCCAUGCAUUGCUUGUUACCUUUGGUGCACUUUGAAGCCGAGACAAGCGACACAACGACAACUAUGUUGUUUGGGCAAUUCAAGCUGUCGGCUAUGGUCGGUGCAUGCCGAGGCCUGAUCUUCCAGGCGUUGAAAAAAGGCUUGUGGGACGACUGUCUCAAGCGGACGCAGCGGUCGGGUGUGUCGUUGGAGAUGACGUUGAAUCGACCAAAAGCGAUGCGACACCGCGCCGCGGGCCUUGUUGACACGGAGGCGCGCACGACAUUGUUUGGACAAGCGUUUCGACAGCUCAAUUCGAGUGAGAACCACCAUUUCCGCCGAUCCGACAACGUGUACUAUGUCAAGUUUCUCGGCGAGAACGCCGAAGAUGCCGGGGGGCCAUAUCGCGAAACAUUUGCCCAGUACGCGUCAGAAUUGCAUUCGGCGCAGAUUCCCAUGAUGCUGCGCACGGCCAACGCCGCGCACAACGUCGGCGUCGGGCGCGAAAAGUGGGUGGUCAACCCCUCCGCGUUUGCGUCGGUGCGGCUCCGUCGUCGCAUGUUUACGUUUCUGGGAAAAGUCAUGGGGGCCAGUGUGCGAAGCAAGGACUUUUUAGCUCUGGAUUUGGCGGGGUUGCUGUGGAAGUUGCUCGUGAACGACGGGGUGUCUGUGGACGAUCUCGAAGGCGUCGACAAGAUGCUCGUGCAGUCGAUGAGUAAAAUGCGCUCCAUCGAUCAAGUGGGGGUGACCGAAGACAUGUUUGAAGACAUCGUGCUGGAGACAUUCACAACGUUGUCCACAGAUAAUCGGGUAGUGGAGAUCAAGCCCCACGGCGCGUCCAUUGCCGUCACAUUUUCGACACGCGUCGAGUUUGCCGACUUGGUCGAACACUUUCGUCUGCACGAGUUUGACACGGUCGUGCGGUACGUCCAGGAAGGACUGGCCAAAGUGCUGCCGCUGAACUUGAUGAGUUUGUUCACAGCGACCGAGUUCGAGUCGAUGGUGUGCGGGUGUCCGGAAGUGGACGUCGACUUGUUAGCCCAGUGUACAGAGUACAGCUCUUGUGCUGCCACCGACAUGCACAUUGUGUGGUUCUGGAGUACUUUGCGCAAGUUUUCACACGAAGAACGCAGCGCGUUUCUCCGGUUUGUGUGGGGUCGGUCUCGUCUGCCGCACUCGGUGGCCGAGUUCCCGCAGUGGUUCAAGCUCCAAUCGUUCAACAAAAGCCCGGCCGACACGUACCUCCCGGUGGCGCACACUUGCUUUUUCGCGCUCGAGCUGCCGUCGUACACAAGCGAAGAGCUGUUGAUGAAAAAGCUGUUGUAUGCGAUAUACAAUUGUCAGGAAAUCGAUGCCGACGGCGACAGUGUCGCAGCGAAUCAACUAGGGUGGGAGGAAUAGACAAGCAACAUAGUAAGUUCAGUGGAUCCCUAAGUUACCCUGCAGGGUCAAUAUGAAGGGACUCAUCGUGCAAUCAUGUUGAAAGGGU